CCACUCCCAUAACCACAAAACCAAUCUUUCGACUUGAGGUUCCAAGCUUGCUUGCUGCAACAACACCAACAACAACAACAACAACAAGCUGUCUUUGAUAAUUCAAUCAAAAUUCACGGUUUCCAAGUUCAAACGGGGACGGCAAGUUCCCACCCGCCAACCUCACCAUACAGAGUAAGUAAAAGCCCCAAAAGCUUGUUAUGGUAAGCACUCCUCGCAUUACACUAACGCCCGCUCACUCCCGCCUUGGCGUACGUCAGUCACCACUCAUAUGCAACCAACCCAGCCGCCGACUAUCAAGAGGUGCAGACCGGUUUGUUUUGAGAACGCCAGAAACACCGUCCAUUACGAGUCCCGCCUCACUUGUCUGGAGCUCCAAUCUUAACCUUAUAAGCUCCGCGGAGACCAUCUUCUUCUACACACAGCCACAACCUUCAAACUAUUGUCUGACAUCGCACAAGCCAUCGAAUCAGCAUGGCCGACGCUCCGGGGGAGAAUGCGGAAGCGCAUCACCACGGGCUAAAGGACAAGAUUGCACACCCGUUUCCCCACUUGCGCGAGAAGCUUCACCACCACGACCGCACGGAGCCAGAAGACCAACACCACCCGCACCCGGAAAAUGGCCAUCCUAUAGCAGCCAAGGUAGUCCACACGAAGCAGAAGAUUGGCAAGUUGGCGAACCUCUUCAACAAGCACCAUCGGCAUGAUGAGGCGCAUGAGAAGGCUGUCGAUGAGCAGAGGAAGAAAAUUGCCGAGGGGCACAGGUUUGGGAGCUUUGCACCUGAGAGGGAGGGGAAUUUGAUCAAGUGGUAUGUGGAUGGGAGAGACUAUUUCUGGGCGGUUUCUGUGGCGUUGGAGAGGGCAAAGGAGACGAUUUAUAUCGAGGAUUGGUGGCUGUCGCCGGAGCUGUAUCUCCGACGACCCCCUUUCUAUAAUCAGGAGUGGAGGUUAGACACCAUUAUCAAGAGAAAGGCCGAACAAGGUGUCAAGAUAUACAUCAUCGUGUACAAGGAGGUUAAAGCGGCACUUACAUGCAACAGCGAGCACACCAAACGAGUUAUGAUGCAUGACCUUAUCCCGGAGGGCCAAAAGGGACAUGGUAAUAUCAGACUCAUGAGACAUCCCGACCACGAUGUCUUCGAAAACUUCGCGGAUAUGACUUUUUACUGGGCACACCAUGAGAAGUUCAUUGUCAUUGAUUACGAGGUUGCUUUCAUCGGUGGUCUUGAUCUGUGUUACGGACGAUGGGACUUGAAGCAGCACCCCUGCGCAGAUGUCCACCCAUUAGGUGUACAGUACGAAAUCUUCCCAGGCCAGGACUACAAUAACAACCGCAUCCUAGACUUCCAGAAUGUCCAGGACUGGAAACAGAACCAGUUGAGCAAGGUAGAGUAUGGGCGCAUGCCAUGGCACGACGUCGCCAUGGGUGUCAUCGGCCCAUGUGUAUACGACAUUGCCGAGCACUUCGUCCUCCGCUGGAACUUCUGCAAACGCGACAAGUACAAGCGCGACCCGCGAUACACCUGGCUAACGCUCGAGGGCCGCGAGGGCGACGAUGAAGGUCUCGUUGGUGUCCAGAGGCCGAAGUUCCCUGUCGGAGGCUAUGAACAUCAUCCUUUGAGCAAAUUGAGUACGAAGAAUCUUGACAACCGGGGCACCGUGCAUGCGCAGAUUCUGCGGAGUAGUGCGGAUUGGAGUAGUGGGAUUGACCCCGAGGAGACCAGUAUCCAGACCGCUUAUUGCGAGCUGAUACGGAAGGCACAGCAUUUCGUCUACAUUGAAAAUCAGUUCUUCAUAUCGGCAACUGGCGAACAUCAGGACCCGAUCCAUAAUCGCAUUGCUGAGGCUAUCGUCGACGCCAUAGUCCGGGCUGCGAAGGAGCAAAGGAAGUUUAGGGUUAUCGUCCUUAUCCCAGCUAUUCCCGGCUUUGCGGGGGAUCUGCGAGAGAAUGCAGCGCUCGGGACGAGAGCGAUUAUGGACUACCAGUACAAGACCAUCUGCAGAGGCCCGCACAGCAUUUUUGGUAAACUCGACGCCGAGGGGAUUGAUCCGCACAAAUACAUUUUCUUCUUCAAUCUUCGAUCAUACGACAGGAUCAACGCAAAUCGCCAGUUGAGAGAGAAUGAGAAGCGAUCAGGGAUGAAGUACGAACAGCUGCAAAGCGCUGAAGAGGACGAGCUUAGCGCGCCCACAGAAAAGAACGAGAAGGAAAGGGCCACAGCCGCAAAAAUGAGGGAGCAGUUCUUCCCCGACAACAAAGAAUCCGUCGGAAAAGGGGAUCAGGGCGGUAUCAUUGACCCGGACUCCAUCGCCGACGACGCCAUGCUCACCGACAAGAAACCGAGCACCGAGGAAUGGGACGGCGACCCGCAAGACGAGAAGGACCACUUCUUCCAAGAAGAACUCUACAUCCACGCCAAAGUCUGCAUCAUCGACGACAAAUAUGUGAUAUGCGGCAGCGCAAACAUCAACGAUCGCUCCCAAAUCGGGUACCACGACUCCGAACUCGCCAUCGUCAUGGAGGACACGGAUAAGGUCGAAACGCUCAUGGACGGCAAACCGUACCAAGCGGGGCGUCACGCUUACACACUGCGCAGCAUGCUCUGGCGGGAGCAUCUCGGUCUGCUGCCCCCUCAGGCGCUCGAUGCCAGCGACGAUCCCAACGCGCAACCGCCCGGCGACAGUACGAACGACGCCAUGGAAGGCCCGGAAAUGGAGUUCGUCAAAGACCCCCUCUCCGACGACCUGUGGGCCGACUGGACGAGCAAAGCCAGCACCAACACGUCCGUCUACCGGGAGCUCUUCCACGUGGACCCGGACGACGACAUUUUGACGUUUGAGGACUACGAUUCGUUUACGCCGAAUGCCAAGACGGAUAAGGAGCAUAAGCAGGGGCAUCUGUAUGUGAAGGAUAUGAGCGCCGAGGAGAUGCGGAAGCAGUUGGAUCGGAUCAGGGGCCAUUUGGUGUGGAUGCCGCUGAGGUUUUUGGAGAGGGAGGAGAUGGCGGAGAAGGGGCUGAAUUUGCAGUUUAAUGCUUGGACGGAGUCGAUUUAUACGUAAUGGGAGGGGUAGGUGGGGAAAGGGAGGAUGGGGGAGAGGUGGUCGUGGAGAUGGAGAUGGUGGCACGUAUGGUUGUGGGGAGGAGGCGGAGUUGUGGUAUUCUUUUCGGCUCUUUUGUUAACUUGCAAUCUCUUAUUUGGGGAACUGUUCGAGGGCGUUGAAGCUCUGGCAUGGGCUUGGUUUCUCGCUUGGAGGAGUCGGCGGGUACUGGUAUCUUGGAAGCUCUUUACUCUAUAGCUGGUUUAGUUACGAAUAAUUUCCUAAGUCGAGGUUCAACUACCGAGCUGUGUCUGCUUUGCACUGUAGUUAUUACUUGCCCUUGUGAUAACUCAUCAUAUGUAAUACAGACUUUCGACGCAGGUAUACGAAGCUAUGUAGUUUUCCCAUAGAGUUGGCCAUACAAACAGGAGACAAUCGCGAAAAAGAG